AUGCUCUCCCGAGCAUUGACAAGGUCCCUCCGACCCUCUCCACAGCCACAAUGCCUUCUCCGAUUGCUCUCACUACCCCUCCGACCCCUCCACCACCAACGAGCACUACCACUACUAACACAAACCCGCCUCCAAUCCUCCUCCUCCUCCUCUAGAGGCUCCGGGAAAGGCAUCCUCCCAAACGGCUGGAACCGAAACCACCUCAUGGCCCUUCUUGCAAUCCUCUUGUCCUCCUCCCAAUUCCUGCCCCCCUCGCAAUGACUAACGGCAAACAGCUCAGCAACAGGCAUUACCCUCGGCCUCUGGGGUUACAGCAACUACCUCUCCUACCUCGCCGACACGACACACUCUUACCCAAAGCCGGUCGCCAAAGAGCUGCGGAAAGCCCUCUACUACUCACUACCCUCCUCCUCCUCUCCCCGCGAUGCGGUGAAGCACUUCCGCCUGGCGCUGGAGCAAUGUCGGGAUCUAGGCAUGGACCCGCUCAGCGACGAGGUCACGGGGAUAAAAAUCGAGUUGGCGGGGGUACUCCUGCACCACGGGCUCGUCGAGAGGGGCGUUGAGGUGCUUGAGGGUGUGCUAGACGAGGUUGUUUCUGCAGCAAAGGCGGAGAAGGUGGAUGAAGGGGCCAGGAGGAAGUUGUUGAGGAGGGGUGUGGGGAUCGCGGCGAGGGUUGGGGAGGUGUACGUUGGUAAGGGGCGGUAUGCCGAAGCGGAGGAGGCGCUUGGGUGGGCUGUUGAGACGGCAGUGAGGGAGGCCAGUAAGUCACCACCUUCUCCCCCUCUUCCCCCGCCGAAGGAUGGUGGUGGUGGUGGUGGUGGUGAGGAAAGGCUCCCAGUUGUGAAAACCCCCGGACAAGAUAUCCAGCCCCACCAAGACUGGCUCUCAAACUCGGAAAUGUCAUCCCUGCUGGAAGCUCUCGCAAGCGUCUACGAAUCCACAAACCGCUUCUUCCUGGCAACGCCCCUAUACCUACACGCAUUGGAAUACAUGCCGCCAAACAACUGUCACUCGGUAGUCCUAAGUUCCUCUCUCCCCCCUCCUCCCCCUCCCCUCCCUACCCAGGACUAACGCCUUCCAGUGAACAACCUCUCCGCGACACUCUCCCAACAAGCCACCGCCCCCACACUGCCGGUCUCCCGCGAACAGCUAGUAGCAGACUCGGCCACGCCGUGGGCGCAGAAAGCACUAAAGUUGGCCAGCUCCAUCAAAGCGCCGGAUAGGACCGAAGAGUGCGAUUUGGGAUGCGCGGUCGCGACGCACAAUCUUGCCGAGUUCGCGGAGAUAUUGGGCGAUAGGGAGUUGGCUAGGCAGCGGUACUUGGAGGCGAGGUCGUUGGCUAGGGCGAUGGGGGCCGAGGAGGGGGUUCGGAGGGCCGAGGAGGGCUUGAAGAGGGUUGGGGGUGAGGGGGUUUGA